AUGCUAACCGACUUGACGCUGGUUUAUGUGAUUUUGGAGCAAUGGCAAUCGCUGGUUACGGACAAACGCGGCAAGGUAGUCUACUUUUUCACGGAUAUUCCGUGCAACGACCCAGAGUACACCUUUAUGAGUAAACUACUGGAAGAUGCCUCAAAAAAGGACAUCUUCCCGUGGUGGAUGAUCGCCGUGGUGGUCGUCGUUUUCAUGACGGCAUCGAUUGUGAUCGGGAUUUGUAUGCGGAAAUUUUGUCCUCGGAUGUGUUGCUGCAUCAACACCCACCUGGAAGAAUUGGACAAGCUCGAGGCCGCCGCGCCAAACUACUACUCCAGCUCGCCAAGUGCCAAGAAUUUGGAGCCAAUAAACCCUCCCCCAGACCACUGGGAAAUCGGACCAUAUUCCCUUGAAAUCAGCGCUGAUCGCUUGGGCUCCGGUGCGUAUGCGGUGGUGUAUCGCGGAAUUCUGAGGGGCAUACCCCCAAUUCUAAAGGUUGCCCCGAGUAUACAGUUAUCCAUCUCAUUAAACGCCAACGAAAACGUGGUUGCUGUGAAAAUGGCACAUGCCCAUGCGUCGAAUACCGAUUUAGCCGAAUUCCAGCAGGAGAUUGCCUUCAUGAAAUCCCUUGGCUAUCACCCGCAUUUGGCAUCACUUCUCGGCUGCCAGACAGAUCCACUGCAACCAUGUAUCGUAACGGAAAUCUGCGAGCGCGGAGAUUUGCUCGGCUUAUUACGAUCAGAGGUUAAAGAAGAAACGGUAUACUUGGCCGCCAAAAACAUCAUUCACCGCGACGUGGCCGCUCGUAACGUGCUGGUCACUGAGAAUAAGGUUGUAAAGCUGUCCGAUUUCGGACUGUGCCGCUUCAACGAUACAUUCCUCUACACGACGAGGGGUGGAAGAUUGCCGAUCAAAUGGAUGGCCUCGGAAUCCCUGGAAUUCGCCCAGUUUUCGACAAAAACUGAUGUCUGGUCCUACGGCGUGCUGCUGUACGAGUUGUACUCGUGGGGA